UCACUCUUGCUUUUAUCUAUUCAUUUAAGAAGUAGGCCAUAUAGCGUUCUUUAGGUAUUUAACAUGAAGAUGUAUGCUACUUUAAUGGUUCUGACCACUCUAAGUGUGGUGUGGUGCAACCAAAUAUUGAAUGGCCAACUCUCUUGUACCGACGACUCUCAAUGUGCCUACGUCUUCAAUACUCCCGUGAAAAAACACGGACAAUGCCCUUGUCUAAAAGAUGCGGUAAAAUAUCUCUGCAACAAGUACGCAACUGAAGACAUGUUGCAAAGUCAUCUUAUUGGAUACUACCCCUUCGAUGAGGAUAUCUUAGACCACUCUGGGAAUGAGCGUAACGGAGCCGUUUCUGGUGGAACUUUGACGUUUGAGAACGGAGUGAAAAACCAGGCUGGUAAAUUCGACGGGAGCAUUAAAGUCAUUGUGGACGGUUUUCGUAACUUCAAUUUUGGAUCGGCUUUUACUGUCAGUGCAUGGUUCAAGCGGACCAGCACGUCAAAUUAUCAAGGUAUUGUCAAUAGUGGUUACUACAGCACUGGAAGCUGGGAGAUUCGGAUGGGACGUGAAUUUUCGGGUGAGAUGCUUGGCGGAGGAGUGAUAACUAGCGACAGCUCCAUAACCUGGAACUACAGCAAUUUGAGAGCAUCUGUUAAUUAUUGGCAUUAUGUUGUGAUGACGUAUGAUGGCGAGACGCUUCUAUUUUAUUUGGACGGACAGAUGCAAACGGGUGAUAAUGACUGUUGCUCUGGAUCCAUACAGGUGAAGCCUAAUCCUGUGACGAUUGGACAGGCUGGGGUAGGAACAACUAAUGAGUUUUUUGUUGGCCUCAUCGAUGAAGUUAAGCUUUACAAUACAACUUUGUCGGCAGUGGAAGUUAAUGCUCUGUUCGAAGAAGAUAAGCCUUAGGCCAGAAUACCAGCCUGAGUUGGCCUAGUAAUACUAAAAGUCAUUAAUGAGUAAAACUUAUCUUGUCAUUUAAUCAAAAAAAUAAAAAUACAACAUUGUGAAUAAUGUAACACACAGUUAUAAGAUAAAAAAUAUCAAAGAAAACUUUUCCGUGAAACGAUUGGAAUCUGUAGUGUUAACAAUUAUGGUAACCUCUAUUAAGGGGACGUCCCUACUAAGGGGACGGAGACGCUUUCUGAAUGUACCAAAUGGUCAAAUCAGUACAAUUUUCAAUCCAUUAAGGGGACACUUUUUUUUUUUAUCGUUUCACUAUUUCUUUUUCAAAAUGGAUUCAAAAUAACAAUAUUUCAUUAAAAAUUAAUUUUUGACAACUUUUGAGCGCUAAAAGGAACAGUUUUUAAUUUCUUGAUCAUUAAAAUUGAUAUCGGUAUAGGGCCGAUAGGCCCACUGUGUGUGUUACUAAUCAUUGGAUAUUUUGAUUUUUUUUCCCGUAAUUUCAUACUAGAUUUGACUUUUAAUCACGGGAUUUAUUAUAUUUUCUUGUGCCAUUUUCAUAUAGGAUUCAAAUCCAGAAACCACAGGAUGUAAUUGCAAUGAAUAUUUCGACUAUACUUCUAAUAGUCUUUUACGCUUUCCUUAUGUUAAUGGUCAUGUGUUAUCUUUUUAAAAAUGCACUUCUCUAAAUUUGUUUGGAAUGAUGCAAUGCAUUGCUGUGUUGUUUGAAAUAAUAAACUCAAUUCUUAAAGACGCAUCUCUA